AUGGCAUCGCAAAUUUUUGUUCUUUUUGCCAUUUUUGUGUCGUGUCGUCACGUGAACGAAGUUCUUGGUCACGGAAUGGUUUUAGAUCCCGUCGCUCGUGGCUCUCGUUGGCGUUACAACGACUCAGCGCCCCGUAAUUACAACGAUGCCGAGCAAUAUUGCGGCGGAAUGGCAAUUCAAUGGAACCAAAAUGACGGAAAAUGCGGAAUUUGCGGCGAUAAUUUUGCUGACGAGCCUCCGAGGAAACACGAAAUCGGCGGAGAGUUUGGGGAGCCCGUGAUUGUUGAAAAAUACAAAAAAGGAGCAAUUUUGCCGGCAAAAGUUCGUGUUACGGCAAAUCACAAGGGAAAAUUCUGGUUUGAACUGUGCAACAUGGAUUUGGCGAAGGAAGAAACGGAAAGUUGUUUUUCGACGAAAUUACGGACGACGCAAGGGGAGGAAUUUUGGCAGUUGUCUUCGAACGAAAGUCGGGUUUUUGAUGUUGAUUUGCGCGUUCCAGAGGAAAUGACGUGUCAGCAUUGUAUUUUUCGAUGGACAUGGAUGACAGGCAACAAUUGGGGCGAUUGUGGCAAUGGAACAAGUAACGUUGGUUGCGGCAAUCAGGAAACUUUUCGCACAUGUUCAGAUAUUGCAAUUUUUUAG